GUUUUCUGAAAAAAGUGCUAGCACACAAUAGAACGCAAUUAUGGAUCGGCCAAGUACGAGUGGGAGCACAAGCUUUAUUCAUGAAAUGGAUACGGAUGCUGUCGACAAUUUUUCGAAUUUCCUCAGAAGAAGAAAGUCAUCUGUUCGUAGAGAUCGUAGAUCGAUUGAAUCUGUUAUGGAUGUAAACAAUUCACGUUAUUUUGCUAGAAAUAUCCGGUCUAUAAUCAUAGAAUGUGAAAUGAGGAUAAAGGGUUAUUUGAAACUUCAACGCUUGGCGACAAUUGCUCAAGAUUAUAAUAUAUUUGAUAUAGACGAUGACUCUUCAAAUAGUAGUAGCAUCAGUCUCGACAGCAGCGCGGAGAACAUCUUAGCCAACAGCAUUGCAUCACCACGGCCAAGAUUUUGGCGUCAAGUUAAAAAAGAAAAAUUAACAAUAGGCUCGUGGCUGUUUUUGUCCUCUGUGGUUGGAGGUUGGAACUACGCAAAUACGAAGAACUUUCUUAAAAAGGAAAUAAAAUGCCAGUUCCAUACGACAAUUCAGAUUCGGAGAUUGAAGAGGAAACGAGGCUGAGUCCCUUAGCAAUGAUUCCAAAAGGAAUUUAAAUGUUCAGAUGAUUGCUGAACAAUCUUUAGAUCUUCGUGUCGUAGCUGUUUGUUGUAUUGCUAAAAAGAAGUAAGGUGUCUGAAUGAAAAAAGACUGCUUUUUAAUAUGAGAGUGACUAGAAGAUUUCGAAGAUGAGUGUAAGA